AGAAAGGGACCGGGCCAGACAGUGAUAGAGGUGGGCAGAGGUGUGACAGAGUGGACCGACUCAGGCAGAGGCAGACAGCUAGUUGGGCCUUUGCCAUUUUCUCUCUCACUCUCUCUCUCUCUCUCUCUCUCUCACUACUUUUCUAUAUUCACAAAGGAGGAAGAGACUAUUGCACAUUGUUUCGUGCGUAAACUGGAUAGGCUGUUUUCUCCAAAUUCAGCGGAGUCCAACACUUUCAGCCUGAGCUGUGUAUCUGAGAGGUGGUGGUCUGGGUGGAGUUUUCUUUGCAUUUCGCAUCGGCCCCUGCGGCGCUCGGAUUAGUCCUAACAUGAGAAGGGUUUUGGAGACUUGGGUCGCCCUGCUGACAGUUUGCGCGCUGACAGGAGGCGCCUCCGCAGGAUACGGGCUGAGCAUGUUCGCCGCGCAGUCCUCCCCGCCGGACCCGUGCUACGACGAGAACGGGAACCCCCGGAGGUGCAUCCCCGACUUCGUCAACUCCGCGUUCGGGAAAGACGUGCGCGUAUCCAGCACCUGCGGCACCCCGGCGGCCCGCUACUGCGUGGUGACCGAGAAGGGAGAGGAGCGCACCCGGGACUGCCACACGUGCGACGCCGCGGACCCCAAGAAGUCCCAUCCACCCGCCUACCUGACGGACCUCAACAACCCGCACAACCUGACCUGCUGGCAGUCCGAGAACUACGCGCAGUACCCGCAGAACGUCACCCUCACCCUGUCGCUUGGGAAAAAGUUCGAGGUCACCUACGUGAGCCUCCAGUUCUGCUCGCCCAGACCCGAAUCCAUGGCGAUCUACAAGUCCAUGGACUACGGCAAAUCGUGGGUCCCGUUCCAGUUUUACUCCACGCAGUGCAAGAAGAUGUACAACCGGCAGAACAAGGCGACGAUCACCAAGCAGAACGAGCAGGAGGCGAUCUGCACGGACUCCCACACCGACAUGCACCCUCUAACCGGCGGCCUGAUCGCCUUCAGCACCCUGGACGGCAGACCGUCGGCGCACGACUUCGACAACUCGCCGGUGCUGCAGGACUGGGUGACGGCCACGGACAUCAAGGUGAUCUUCAGCCGCCUGCACACCUUCGGCGACGAGAACGAGGACGACUCGGAGCUGGCGCGCGACUCCUACUUCUACGCCGUGUCGGACCUGCAGGUCGGAGGACGGUGCAAGUGCAACGGACACGCGUCCAAGUGCGUCAAAGACAGGGAGGGCAACCUGGUGUGCGAGUGCAAGCACAACACGGCGGGCCCGGAGUGCGACAGGUGCAAGCCGUUCCACUACGACCGGCCGUGGCAGCGCGCCACGGCCAGGGAGGCCAACGAGUGUGUCGCGUGCCACUGCAACCUGCACGCCCGUCGCUGCCGCUUCAACAUGGAGCUGUACAAGCUGUCCGGCCGCAGGAGUGGCGGCGUCUGCCUCAACUGUCGUCACAACACAGCAGGGCGCCACUGUCACUACUGCAAAGAGGGCUACUACAGGGACAUGACCAAGUCCAUUUCUCACCGCAGAGCUUGCAAAGCGUGCGACUGCCAUCCCGUCGGAGCGGCGGGGAAGACGUGCAACCAGACGACUGGCCAGUGCCCCUGCAAGGAUGGCGUGACGGGGAUCACCUGCAACCGCUGCGCCAAGGGUUACCAGCAGAGCCGCUCCCCCAUCGCACCAUGCAUAAAAAUCCCUGUUGCAUCUCCAACAUCAACUUAUAACAGCUAUGAGGAGCCAUCAGAUUGUGAGUCUUAUUGUAAAGCCUCCAAGGGAAAAAUGAAGAUCACCAUGAAGAAGUACUGCAAGAAGGACUUUGCUGUCCAAGUGCAUGUCCUCAAAGGAGACAAGGCGGGCGAGUGGUGGAAGUUCACCGUCAACAUCAUUUCUGUCUACAAACAAGGGGGACACCGCAUCCGCCGUGGAGACCAGCUGCUGUGGGUGCGCGCCAAGGACGUGGCCUGCAAGUGUCCCAAGAUCAAGCCCGGGAGGAAGUACCUGCUCCUGGGCAGCGACGACGACUCCCCCGGACAGAGCGGAGUAGUCGCCGACAAAGGGAGCCUGCUCAUCCCGUGGAAGGACCUGUGGGGCCGUCGGCUGAGGAAGUUCCAACAGCGCGGCAAGAGGGGAAAGUGUUAAAGAAAAAAGAUGUCCCGUCGGCGAGGGGAAAUCGGUUUGCGGCGCGGCAGCAAGCCGACGCCUCCGCCGGGAUUACAGCGAGGAGAGAGGAAGGGAUGGAUGAUAGAUGAACUGAAAUAGUUAUAAAUAAAAGGGACAAAAGUAGGAGGAGUGGGGGAGAUGACCGAGUGCUGCUGCUCUGAGCUGGAGUACAAAAGAGAAUAAUGUUUUUAGGAACUUUUGUGAAGGAGCUCGCUCUACAGUUGUUCUGUUCCUUUGUCUUUGAGGUGUGAUAUAUUGUGUAAUUGCAGAGUUUGCACCUAAUUCCACAGACAUGCCUCAUAAAAAAAAAACCUUUUAGCCCCCUGACGUCGCUGUAUAGUAACACUGCAAAGCUUCUUUUCCUGGUUCUGUGAAAAACUCUUUGGGGCUACAACACAGCCUCACAGGACUGUACGCGUAGCCGUGCAUGAAAGGUUGCUCCUGCAACUCUGCCAAAUUUUGUUGACUUUUACUAAACAAUUAAUCUGUUCUAAGCUGCCAUCUCAGUGUGCCACCCCCCCCCCCCCCCCCCCCCCCCCCCCCCCCCCCCCCAGAACUUCCUGAUCACGCAGGAGCGUUACCUCACUGGGUUCUGGGAUCUAAACACCAUUGAGAUCCUUUUCUGUUUCUGUACAAGUCAGGUGCAUCUCAGUAGAUGAAAGUAUCAUAAACAGGGGAAUUUAUUUUAGUCAUCAAUUCCAAUUUAAACGCCUAAUUAGAGAGAAAUUUUACACAAUGAGGGAAAUAUUUCAAGUGAUAACUUCUGUUAAUUUAGAUUUUCAUAGCUUACAGUGAAACCCAAAAUUCAGUCCCUGAGAGCGACUAUCACAUACGACCAAUAAAACAUGAUUUUUUAUUUUUGUUCUUAAUUUUCUACCACACUUUUUCCUUUUACUCAACUUUCCAUCAAAAUGCUGGGUUCAGACUGUUAGCUGCCACCUUCUGAGGUUACCCUCCUAUUGGAGGUUUUCAGUGACUGACUGCUGGACGAUUGUUAGGUCAGCGGCCUUCUCAUUAUUGAAGCCAUGACAGAAAGUUUCUCUGUUUAAAAUCAUUUUACUUAGGGUUUAACCUAUACUCAUCAAAAUUAAUAGAAGUAUUUUACAGUGUGUCUAAACAAUCUAUAGCCCACGUGUUUCACUUUUUGAAUUGAUCUGCUGAAAUAAAUGACCCUUUCAGUGAUAUUCUGAUUUAUUGUGAUGCACCUGCACAAUAACUUAUGGUUGUGACCUCUGCAAUGUAAAGUAACAAUGUGUGCAUAAGUCCUUGUUUUUUUGUUUGGUUUGGUUUUGUAGAAGCUGUUUUAUUACCUAGACGUAGAGUAGACAUGUCAACGAUGCACUUAUAUCAUCUACUAGUCCGACAUUUUCAAACAUAUUGGAUGUGUUCACACAUUUUGGGGAGGCGUCCCGAACAACAGGCAGAAAUUCCUGAAUUUAUGUAAAAGACCCACAUUAGUUGCAUGGCCAGCGCAAAAGCUGGCUGCCUCACAGACGAACCGAUGUUUGAUGCCAGCCACAGAAGAAUUUAAUAAGGACUAAACUUUCACAUCUUUAAAACCCGUGUGAGCGAACCCGCACACCACCUGCAUGCCACAUGCUCACCACUUACUGUAGCUGACGGGCUGAUGAUGAUUGUGAAUGAUGCACAUUUAUUUGAAAGUAUUCAGCGUUGUAAAGGAAAAAAAAAAAGACAAACCUGUGGAGUGAUAAAAUGUCACUAAUGUUUAUUGUUCAAAGUGCUUUCAGCACGAUGUGUCAAAUCUUCAUCACCUCAAAGUGUCUUUUUGAGGAAGAGAUCUCUUGUCUGUACUUGGUACUCGACAGAAAGGCAUGACUGAUUGUCUCUAUGUGAAAUAGCUGUAUAGUAUUACUUUUUUUCCCCCUCUUGUUGUUAAACCAUUAACCAGAUAUAUUGUGUCUACCUGUGAACCUAACCCAUGUUUUCAACAUUAGACGUUUAAUGAGCAGAAAUGAAAAUAAAUAAAUGUUCACCAGUGUACGUGUACCCUGGAGAUCAAGCAUGAAUGCAAGCACACGCUAAAGCAUAACCCCAGGGGUACUCCUCAGUGCUCUGUGCAUCAUACUGUUUGUGUUCGAUCAAAAUCUGCGCACAAAGACUCUGCGAGCAGGACUGGGCUGAAACAUUUCCACUUGUUUUUCAAGCUUUGUCCCAGAAAGGUACUUUCCUACCAGACGUUUGUUCUCCCGUAAACAGAAACCAACAAUUUUCUCCUCAUGUUUAUACUCUGGCUUGUAAAUGUUGUUAGGAGUGUCCAAUGCAAAUGGUUGUGUAAUGUCUUGUAAUACUAAUAUAUUACAUUUAUCAUAAAUGAAUAUAUUUAAAGACACAUGA